UGUUGUUAAAAUAUGUGUGUUUACUGAUAAACAAUAUUAAAAACGAAUUUGAUAUCGGAACAUAUUAAUUAGAUUUUUUCAGCACAAUUACUACAUUCUCAUAUUUAAGAAGAUUAUUUUCGUUUCGAGAAACAGUUCCAUGUUCUUAUCAAUAUUGGUUUGCCUUUUUUACAGUACAAAUAGCGAAAAAAAUUAUCUCUAAGAUUGAACAGACUUUAAAAUACCUUGUGUUGAUUAAAUUUGAUUUCAGUCUGGUCACGACUAUGUUUCGUAACGGACCGUAAAGGGGAAAUAAAUAAAUGUGAAAAAUAAAAGUGUAAGAAAUCUGUGUUAGAAUAAAAGAAAUAAUUUAAAAAGAAAUGUGAAAAGAACGAAAAUAGAUUGAAGAUUUGAUGAAAAGCAAAGAAAUUUAAAUAAAUUGAGAAAACAAAUUACGAAAGGAAAUUCAAAUUUAUUCCAAUUCUAACGAAAAUAAGUGAAAAUUAUUUCAAAAUGAGUAAAAAGGAUACGACUCAAAUGAGAAAAUUAUCUUUUCUCGGAUUCACCAGGAUUGUACAUUGUGCUUACGGAUUUAAGCUUACAAAGAGUGAGGGUGAAAAUGCUGACGAAAAUGAAGCUGUACUCGAUGAAGAAAUGGCGAAAGUAUUCAAUGCAUCAAACAUUGCUAAAUUUGAUGUUCGAAGACUAUCAGAAGUGAAGCCACCGAGUAGUAGCAAACUUGAUUCCGAAUUUCAACAAUCGCCACAAGCUCACGCGGCAAAACAAUAUAAUGAACAAGAUUACGAUUCACAUCGUACAAAAGCAUAUCCGCAACCGUAUGUUCCAAUUAAAGCUGCUCGAAAUAUGAAUCGACAACCGUCUAAAGACAAAAGCCCGACAUCACCUAUUAGUGUCGUUUCUGACUCCGAUGGCAAUGACGUCGGAUCAAGACCAUCGAAUUUUUCAUCUUAUGCCGAUUACACAUCACGUGAUGUCAGUGAAAAUAUUGACGAUGAGGAACCACCCCCACUUUCAGAACGUAUUGCGACUUAUUAUGACGAUGACGAAAGUGCAAAGAAGGUACAAUUCAAUAAGGAUAAAGCCAAAAGGAAACAAGAGCGAAUCGAUGACGAUGAUGAUGAUGAAGACAGACGACGAAGAAAAGAACGUCAAUAUCACUACAAGAGCAGAAAAUAUUCUCUGCAAGAAUAUAACCUUGACCCCCGUCGUGCAGCUGCCACUGAGAAUGGAGGAAGAAAAAUUUCCAUUCAACCGGAAGAUGCAACUUUAGAGGAAGCUGACUUGGAUGACUUGAAUUCACAUCGUUCUGAAGAUCCCCGAGGAAUGCGUCGUCCAAAGACAGGUGGUGGCAAAGGCGAACAAUAUUUACAGAACAUUAUUGCGGCAAAUAAACGAAACCAAAUUGAUCACAGUCCACAUGAGGUUUUUGUUCAGCUUGAUGAAUUGCACGGUGCUGGAGAAGAUAGAGAAUGGAAAGAAACGGCUCGUUGGAUAAAAUACGAGGAAGAUGUUGAAGAAGGAGCAGAUCGUUGGGGACGACCUCAUGUUGCUUCAUUAUCAUUUCAUUCCUUGUUGAACUUGAGACGUUGCCUUGAAACUGGUGUAGUGUUGAUGGACCUUGAUGAAAAGGAUUUGCCCGGCGUAGCUUAUCGAGUCGUAGAACAGAUGGUGGUAGAAGAUUUGAUACAUUCCGACGAUAAAGCGGCAAUUAUGAGAGCUCUUCUUCUUCGUCAUCGGCAUGUGAACGACCAUACUCAUGGGAGCUUUCAUUUUGGUUCGAGAAGAAAAUAUAGCAGUUAUAGUAGCUUACAGAAUUUACGGUUUCGACUUCGAAAUGAUGAUCAGCAGCAUUUUAUUUUUGUUGAAGAUUCAAUGUCAUUCUGCUGUGAAGAUUUGGAAUGUAAAAAUGCUCAGCAUCAAAAUUUCCCUGCUGCUUGUCGUCGAAGCUACAUCAUGUCCAAUAUUCUUAACAACAAUAACAAUAGAAGCCGCAAUCCGAGUCGAAACGGUUCAUUUUGCCAUCGGCCUAGUAUAGCCAUAAAUCACGGUAUUCAUGCUCGAAGAAUAGCACAGCUGCUUCUUAGUCCUACAGGAAGUUCACUACCAUCUAAUGAAUGUACAUCUUGUCCACCCCGAAGAGAGUCAACAAUAUCUGAAGUGAAUGUCAGCGAUGAAAGAAAACGAAGUGGAAUUCUGGGUGGAAGUGAAUUGAACAACAGCACACAUCAUAGAAAUGGUAGCAGUGGUGAUACAAAAAUCGAUAUAAAGGAAGAAACAACCUACACAUCGUCUCAAGAAGAUUUAAAACGAGCACAACAUGAUUCAAUAUUAAAGAGAAUCCCAACUAAUUCUGAAGCAACAACAGUCGGUGCUGUGGAUUUUCUAGAACAACCAACAAUAGCUUUUGUUCGUCUUGCCGAAGGAUGUAUGAUGCCGGCAAUAACGGAAGUCCCAAUUCCAGUGCGGUUUUUGUUUAUUCUUUUGGGACCAAAAACUGCUGACUUGGAUUAUCAUGAAGUCGGUCGUUCGAUUGCAACAUUAAUGAGUAAUCGACACUUUCAUAACAUCGCUUACAAAGCUGACGACCGACGAGAGCUUUUGUCAGCAAUAAACGAAUUCUUGGAUGAUUCCAUUGUACUUCCACCGGGCAAAUGGGACCGAGAACAACUUUUACCUUUCGAAGAACUCAAAGCAAAAAGUGAAAUGAUUCGGUCAAGAAAGAAGAGAGCAUUAGAACAAAAGCUUAGAGAAAAGCAGCCUCUGACAAGUGAAGAGGAGAAAAAACUUCUUGCUGAUUCUGAUGGCGAUGGAAAGAAACCACCAGAUGAUCCUUUACAACCAACAGGUCGUUGGUUUGGUGGCAUGAUUAACGACAUCAAACGACGAAUGCCAAUGUACAAAAGUGACAUCAAAGAUGGUUUGAAUACGGAAACUUUAGCAGCAACAUUGUUCUUAUAUUUUGCUGGCUUAGCAACUGCCAUCACGUUUGGUGGUUUAGUUGGAUCAAAGACAAGAAACUUGAUUGGAAUUUCAGAGACUCUCGUAUCAGCAUGUUUUGUCGGAAUGGUUUUCCAUGCAUUUUCAUCACAACCUCUCGUAUUUGUUGGCUGCACUGGUCCACUCAUUCUUUUCGAUGAAGCUUUGAUAAAGUUCUGUGACACGAAUCCAGAUUAUGAUUACUUGGUAGUUCGAUUGUACGUUGGUUUAUGGUUGACAGUCAUUGCAUUGACAGUCUCGGCAUUCGAAGGAAGUGUCUAUGUACGAUUAUUUACAAGAUUCACCCAAGAAAUCUUUUCUGCACUCAUUACUGUGAUUUACCUUGUGGAGACAGCAUUGAAGUUGGUUGUCACGUACCAACGUCAUCCCUUGCUUUCUGAAUAUCAAUACAAGAACAUGUCUCGAUUUGAGAAAACUACUCCAAUUCCAUUGUUGAACAGUUCUUUAAAUGAAGUUGAUGCAUCGUUCAAUGAUAACACGACAGACUUUAUUUCAUCAACUCUUCAAACAACAAUGUCUACGAUAGCAACAUCGCUUGGGAUUACGUCUGAGGGUUCUAAUUUAUUACCUCCAUUUGAUAGUGAUAACCGACCAAUCAAUCAACCUAACACUGCUCUUUUCUGUACACUUUUAACUCUCGGUACAUUCACCGCAGCUUAUUCCUUGAAGAUUUUCCGUAAUUCGAAAUUCUUGGGUCGAAAUGCUCGUCGAGCCCUCGGGGACUUUGGAGUUCCAAUAUCAAUUGCUGUUUUCGUUAUUGUUGCAAAUAUUGUUCCGCAAGUUUUCACCGAGAAAUUGAAUGUUCCUGAUGGUAUAUCACCAAGUGAACCUUCACAGCGUGGGUGGAUAAUUCCUUGGACACCGAAAAAACCUUACAUACCGUUUAUGGCUCUAAUACCAGCCCUACUUGUUUACAUUUUGAUUUUCAUGGAGACACAAAUAUCCGAAUUGAUUGUAGGAAAGCCAGAUAGAGGCUUAAAGAAAGGAAAUGGCUUGCAUUGGGACAUCAAUUUGUUGUGUUUCUGUAAUACAAUUUGUGGUAUAUUUGGCCUUCCAUGGCAUUGUGCAGCUACAGUGCGAUCAGUGACACAUGUUUCAGCUGUUACUAUCAUGUCAACUAAUCACGCUCCAGGCGAUUCCCCAAAAGUUGCUGAUAUAAAAGAACAAAGAUUGUCAGGUUUUUUCGUUUCUCUGAUGAUUGGCUUGUCAAUAUUCGCUUCAUCUUUGUUAAAGAAAAUUCCAAUGUCGGUUCUAUUUGGAAUAUUCCUUUAUAUGGGUGUUUGUUCAAUGAUUGGAGUUCAGUUCUUUGAAAGAGCGAGACUUUUCUUCAUGCCGGUUAAGCAUCACGGCACCGCACCUUUCGUAAGACGUGUGCCGACAUGGAAGAUGCACGUCUUCACGACAGUUCAAGUAUUGGCUUUAGCGAUGCUUUGGACUGUAAAGUCUUCAUCAUUCUCCUUGGCUUUUCCUUUCUUCCUUAUUAUGAUGGUGCCAAUCAGACAACAGAUGGCACAUGUUUUCACUCCAUUGGAGCUAAGAGCGCUCGAUGGAAGUCAAGCAAAACCAAUUGAUGAUGACGAACCGGAUUUCUACGAACAAGCGCCUUUGCCAGCAUAAAUUAUGUUCAGCUCAAUUUAUUCAAAACAUAAAUCUUCAUUAUGUUUUGUAAUGAAAACUUUAUUUCGAUUAUUUUAAAACAAGCAAUUUUAGGAUAUAAAACAAAUUUUAGAUUAGAACUGUAAAAAUUAUGUAACUCAACUUAGAUAGACUAUCAGCGUCUUUAAAUGAUUGAUUCACAAAAACGAAACUAAAACGAUGGACUUAUGAAAAGUGAUUAGAAUGAGGAAUAAAAUAUAUUUUUUCUAUAUUAAAACCUUCAAAAAGCAGCUUCAGAAUUAUAUUUUCCCUGACAAAUGUUGAAAAAUAAAUUAUUUAUUAGCGAAAAGACAAAAAAUCUAUUUUAUGAGAACAGUUUUAAAAAGCUUUUAUGUACAAGGUGCAAAAAAGCAGCUCAAAUAACAUGCGACAAUGAAAAACUUAAGAAAUAUAUUUUUGACUUCAUUAAAAUUUCGUGCUGUUAUGAUCAUGACUUGAAGAACUUUUAAGAGAAAAGAAUGAAAAUUUGAAAAAAAAAGUUCAAUUAUCUAGAAGAAAUUGUUUAGACUGUAGCAACGAUUACUUAGUGGCACGUUUCAAGAAUGGCCCUUGAUAAAGUUAUAAACGUUAAAAAAAAUUUAAUUGUUUGCAUUAUCGUUACAGAAGAUUCAUUAUAAAUAUAGAAAAUUAAAACUGUUUCAGAAUUAAUGUAAAUCAAUUAAAAAAUCAAUCAAUAAAAGAAAACCUAGGAAAGAUAAUUAA